AUGGCGUCGUGGAAAUCGUGCUUGUGGACUGUGUUUGUAGUCUGCCUGUUGGGGAAGAUAUCUGGGCUGGACAAUGGUCUGGCUCUGACGCCGCCGAUGGGCUGGCUGGCGUGGGAGCGGUUUAGGUGUAACACUGACUGCAAGAAUGACCCCGAUAAUUGUAUAAGCGACCGUCUAUUCCGCACGAUGACGGACAUCCUGGUCGCCGAGGGCUACGCGGCUGUGGGCUACGAGUACGUCAACGUGGACGACUGCUGGCCGGAGAGGGAGCGUGACCCUCGCGGACGACUGGUGCCCGACAGAGAGAGGUUCCCUUACGGCAUGAAAAGCCUUUCCGAUUAU